ACAUGCAUAACACAUGAGAUCGGUUCGUCUCGUUUUACAAUUCAGAUCAGUGACCGUGUGUCGAGUGCGGAGUGCUGAGUGCUCCGAGUGGAAGUGCGAGUGGCCGCGAGUGGGAUGGCCGCCACGUAUCUGGCCAGUAGUGCGGUGUCGUCCGACCUGGACGGUAGCGUCGGCAACGUCAUGAAUAUAGUUAACGCGAGUAUAGGGGCCGGUGGCUACCACACCAACCCUUCGCCACGCUCCGAAAAUGAGAUGAAGUACCUGCCGCCAACGCAGCACCACCACCACCACCACCAUCACCAUGUACCACAAGUUCCUUCCUCGCCGUCGCCCAACGGGCACCCCGUGUCCCUCACGGCGGCCCACAACCCCUGGGUGAGUCUCCAGCCGAGCGACCCUUGGGCGGCCAGCAUGGGCAUCCACCACCACCCUCACCACCACCCGUCCCCGCACCAGGACGUGAAGCCGGCCGACAUCCACCGGCAGCACCACCAGCAGCCCGGCAUGGGCUCCCCGCAUUCCUGGCAUGCCCCGGUCGUUUCCUCGGGUCACUACAUCCCUACGAAUAACGGUGGUGCGUCUCCGUUGCAGCAUCACAGUGCGUAUCAUGCGGCCAUGAACGGCAUGCUCCAGAACUCUGCUCCCUUGCAUCACUCGCUAAGGGAUAGCCCUGGAUACCCUCAUAGUCAGCAUCCCGACGCCCCGUCCGGCGGCGAGGAGGAUGCCCCAACCUCGGACGAUCUCGAAGCCUUCGCUAAGCAAUUCAAGCAGAGACGAAUCAAGUUGGGCUUCACCCAGGCCGAUGUCGGCUUAGCUUUAGGAACAUUAUAUGGCAAUGUGUUUUCACAGACGACAAUUUGUAGGUUCGAAGCGUUACAGUUAAGUUUUAAAAAUAUGUGUAAACUAAAACCCUUGCUACAAAAGUGGUUAGAGGAAGCCGAUAGUACGACAGGGUCGCCGACUAGUAUCGAUAAAAUUGCCGCCCAGGGCAGGAAGCGGAAAAAACGGACUAGUAUAGAAGUGUCGGUGAAAGGGGCGUUGGAGCAGCAUUUCCACAAGCAACCCAAGCCUUCGGCGCAAGAAAUCACUUCGUUAGCGGAUAGUUUACAACUUGAAAAAGAAGUAGUCAGGGUAUGGUUUUGUAAUAGGCGGCAGAAGGAGAAGCGAAUGACGCCGCCUAAUACGCUAGGGGGGCCUCAAGACGGCAUGAUGGACGGGCAAAUGGGUCCCGGACCACAUGGACUUCAUCAAAAUUACCAUCAUACCGAUAUGCACGGAUCUCCAAUGGGCCAUUCCCAUAGUCCUCCAAUGUUAUCUCCCCAAACGAUGCCUACCCACCAGUCUCUUGCUGCUCACUAGCGUUUAGCCCAGUGGGAUAUUGAAUACUCGAGACAAAUCUCCAAAA